GUCGCACUUGGAUGCGUUCUAUCCUUGCACACUUUGACUGUCUGUGCGGACGCACACAUCCCAUACCCACCUCCAUCCAUCCAUUCCUGACCCACCUAGCACCAUCAUGAGAGCCAGGAUGAGAGUGCUGCUGGUUCUGGCAGCGACCGUUUGUGUGUCAUUUGCUCAGACCAUCAACGUCAGCAACGACAACAGGCAGCCGCCGCCGCCGCCGCCGCCGCAGCAGCAGCAGCAGCAACAACGCAGCGUCUGGGAUGAGCCCGUCAGGUUCGCCACCAAAACCAAGGACUCCUGUACCAUGGUGGUGUCCGGCGCCGGGGACUAUACUCGCCUGCGUGUCUCCUGCAAGGGUCUGAGCCAGGGACAGACCCCAGCACGCUCCUACUACUGCGACUUCCAGGGAAAGCCCAACCUGUGCCGUGCCUACAACCAGAACCCUCGCCACUACUUCAACCAGAUGAUGUGGGAGUUGAGGAAGCUGAGCCACGCCUGCCAGGGACCCAAAAUCUACCGCCCAUCGAUGUGCAAGAAAUACCCAGACGAGGCCCAGAUGACCUUCCUGUCCUCGUGGCCCAAGACCACCACCCCUAAGCCCUCCAAGCCCGUGCAGGAGCCGCGCAAGCCGCUGGUGCCCGCCCAGGCCAAGCCCGUCGCCACUCCGAAGCCUGUCAAGCCCCAGCCCCAGCAGCCGGUCAAGCCCCAGCCAGGCAAGGCCCCCCAGACCAAGAAAACUACCCCCAAGCCCGCGAAGACCACUACUCGUCCCACAGAGCAGCCCGACUCCAAAUCCUCCCGCCUGGCUAACGAGUACUGCUGGAAGAGCUUCCAAGGCGUGUGCAGCUACUUCAUCAGCUGGUUCCAGAACUGAGACGAUACUGCAGACAAAGGUUGGAAACACCAGCGACAGAUCCGAUCAGAACUUGUCUCGUCGAUCUUUGGCCACUCCAGGAUCUGUGCGGGAGCCUCCGGAGACAUGUCGUGGCCUGGUGAGGUCCGAUUCCCCAACACUGCAGCAUCUCACAGGCUGAGGACCAAGAGCUCUCAACCUGCACCAGUGAUCGGAUGACUGCUCCGACCUGUAAAACACUCACAGCAAGACAAAGGCAACGCAGGGCAGGCAUGUGAAUCUGUUUUGUAUAUGAUGUCAAACUCCCUCCUUGUAUCACUUGUUUCAAAUGUCUCAACCGCAUUUAUUAUUCCAGGAGAGUUAAUGUGAACAAAAAGAGAAUAAAAGUCAAAGCGGUGACUUUU